AGAUAACCUGUCACCGCAUAUUCAGAACCCAAUGCAGCCAAACCGUCCAUAGGCGAAACGACAGCAGUGUAACCUCGGCCUUCACUUCAAUGCUCUCCCACUGACAGUCCCUCUUUUUAUCGAUGGAUUCUGCAUCUGCAAACGAACGGCUGCCCUCGACCCGGACACGCAAGCGCAAAACCGCGGUGGCGGCCGCGGAAGACGACAAGAAGCGUGCGCAGAACCGCGUUGCGCAGAAGAGCUUCCGCGAAAAGCAGCAGAGCCGGCUACAGUACCUGGAGUCGUUCGUCGAGGCCAUCAAGUCGGGCCAGGCCACCCAGGAUGAGGACGCGCGCUACGACAAGCUGUUGCGCAGCCACCUGGAGCUGCUCGAGGAAAAUCGCCAACUGAAGGACAACCUGAUCGGGCUCCGGCAGAAGCUCACGUACAUUGGCCAAAGUGCCUCGGCCGCUGCUGAGGACAGUGUCUUUGAUGCGUUGUUGAAAGACCACGGGAGUGAACGCGGUUCUGCUGUAUCACCGCCGCAGAACCAGGUUGAACCGAGACAUGAUCCCACCGCUGCAGUUGUCGUGCAGAACAGACCACAUCUCGUCCCUGCGACAUCUGCGGGAUAUACCAUGUACGAAGCUGUGCGAACCUCGAGCGCACCCGAUUCCCAAGGCAAAGAACCGCUCUCGAUGCCUAGCACCCAAGCAAUGCUUCCAACUGGCUUCUACGGCCACUUACCAAAGCUUCCCUCCGUUGCUGGAGGAGCAGAAACGUUUGAUGCCAUUCACCCCUUGACUGACCCCUUCUUCCUAUCCGUCGAUUUCGCGCCGAUAUCUUCAAAGACGUCAUUUGCCAGUAAAGUUGAAGCGGGUUGCAAACGGUACAUUUCUGAAAUUGCCCAAGCCAACAGUCAGGCCUCGGCAGGUCAGUUGGCCACUAGAAGUAACUUCGACCAAGCCCAACUUAUUCAACAGAUUGCGUCGGCGGGUGUCAAUGUGAUAGCGUCGUUUUCUGGCCUUACAACGUACAUAUAUGGCUCGAAUUUCUUCCGGUGUCUAGAACGCAUCCUGCAGUGGAGGCUAUGUAACACGACAGAGUUCCGCAUGGCCAUCCCGGAGCCGUUUCGGCCCACUCCGCUACAGGACGCCUCGACGUCCCACCCUAUCAUCAUCGACUUCAUAACGUGGCCGUCGAUACGCGACCAGAUGAUCCUGCACCAGGACAGCCUCGACCUGGACUUGCUGUGCCAAGAGCUAACCCUGCAUGCCGUUAUUGAGAUACCCGAGAAGGAAAUUGCAGUUGGCGUCUAUGACUACGUGCAGAACGCAAUGAACGUGCAGGAGAAACAGUCCGCAUCUGGUUCGGCCGCAACGUGUCUUGAGGAAACGAACUGGACGUAUAUCAAUGUCCCGGUGGACCUGGCCUUUUCUAUGGGUUUUGAUCCGGCCGAGGAUCUGAUUGUGCAAGAGCUCACGAAUCGCGUACAAGGCGCCAGUUUGACGCAGCCCGACGCAGGGACAUCAUCUAAACCAGCCGACCGGUCGUCAAAAAUUGGCGAGGAGAGACAUGACCAAAUCAAGCAGCGCGGCAUAUCACACCCGGGGAUUUAUCAUAUGCGCACAUGGAAGCUGAGCAAGGAGUUUGCAUGGAAGUGGCCUAUCUUGGAUUGCUCGUCUGUCAUCUCGACAUACGAUAAAGUGUCUUAUGCAACGGCGUCGCAGCUUCUUGGCUGAGGGUAAGGGAGGGCAUAUUGACAAAUAACAAUAGACGCGAGACAUGUGACUCGAGGAAUGUGCGGGCAUCUACAAUUAGAUCGCAGUGCGACGUUACGACUUUAUAUACCCGAGGGUAGACGCUGACCUCGGCCUUAGCUGAGACGAGGAGGGAAAUUAGCCGGUCUGAUGGUGUGAUGAUCUAGAUCUAGACUUCCCCAGACUUCUGUCACUUCUACGAUAUCAUUAGUCGGAGAAUUCACUUCCGGAUCCCCCAGUGCCAUCCCCGCACUCUCUGUUUGCGGGGUAUGGGGUUGGGCGUUCACCGGAACAAUGCUAUCCAUACAAAUAGACUUCUUUUCCAAUCA